AUGUCUGUCUGGAACCCCGAAAACAUCCGCGACGUCGCCGAAUCCGUCGGCAUCGGCACCCUAAACGACGAAGUCGUCGACAACCUCGCCCGCGACGUCGAAUACCGCAUCUCCCAGGUCCUCGAAGAAGCUCUCAAGUUCAUGCGUCAUGCCAAACGCACCGUGCUGACGACGCAGGAUGUCUCAAAUGCCCUGCGCGUCUUGGACAUUGAACCGCUUUACGGCUACGAGUCGACGAGGCCAUUGAGGUUCGGAGAAGCGACGCUCGGUCCCGGUCAGCCGCUUUUCUACGUUGAAGAUGAUGAGGUUGAUUUUGAGAAGUUGAUUAAUGCGCCGUUACCUAGGGUGCCGAGGGAGAUUACGUUUACUGCACACUGGCUGGCUGUCGAGGGAGUACAGCCAACGAUACCGCAGAAUCCCACAUCGGCCGAUUCACGGAAUCUAGAACUUGUGUCCAAGGGUCCCAAUGCGAAUGCCAAUCUGGCCGCGAUGAGCGGAAAUGAUAACGUCUCCGUCAAGCCGUUGGUCAAGCACAUCCUCUCCAAGGAGCUACAGCUCUACUUCGAGAAAGUGUGCAAUGCCUUCCUGGACGAAUUGAAUGAGGAAUACAGACUAUCCGCCUUCUCAAGUCUGAAGGAAGACCCUGGUCUGCAUCAGCUUGUGCCGUAUUUCGUCCAGUUCAUAUCCGAGAAGGUCACGCAUAGUCUCAAGGAUCUAUUCGUGCUGACGCAGAUAAUGCAUAUGACUGAGGCGCUUAUUCAGAAUAAAUCACUUUACGUAGAUCCAUAUGUCCCCUCCCUCAUCCCCCCAGUCCUAACCUGCCUAAUCGGCCGCCAACUAGGCUCCAGCACUGCCGAUCCCCUCGAACACUUCGCCCUCCGUGACCUCUCCGCCUCCCUCAUAAACAUGAUAGCCCGCAAAUACUCCCACUCCUCCCACACCCUCCGCCCCCGCCUCGCGCGUACUUUUCUGAAAAACUUCCUAGACCCAGGCAAGCCGCUCGGCACACACUACGGCGCCAUCAUCGGCCUGCAAUCCAUUGGUGGCGUGGAUGUGGUGCGCGAACUUGUCCUGCCGAAUCUGAGGACGUAUGAGGUUGUGUUGAAGGAUGCGAUGGGGGAUGAGGGCGGGGUUGGGGGUGGGGUGAGGAGGAUGGAGGCUGAGAAGGUUUUAGGAGUUAUUUUGGCGGUUUUGGGGACGUUGGUGGAGGAAGAGGAGCAGCGGCGGCGGCUGGGGAUUGAGGGUGCCGAGGUUGGUGCGGGAUUGUUGGCGAAUGGGGUUUCGGAGGAGAGGAAGGCGGAGACUCAAGGGAGGUUGGCGGAGAAGGUUGGGGAGGUCGUUGCGGGGAGGAUACUGGAGGGGGGUCAGAUGGGGUUGGCGAAUGUGAUAUUGGGGAUUCGUUGA